AUGUCCGCAUUUCCUCCGCCACUCUCGCGCCGCGCCGCCGUUGCCACUGAACCUGAAACCUUCCAUCUCUCGCCGAUAGUAGCCAUGCCGCCCGCGACUUCCCCCCGCCGCGCUCCGCGCACCGCCCGCCGUCCGUCCGUCGCGCGUUCUUCCGCGCGCUUCAAGCCGCCCGCCACCCCCACGCGCGCGGCGCUCCUCGUCAUGUUCUUCGCGGCGGCAUCCAUCGCGCGCUUCGCGGCACCAGCGGCGGCGGCGCCGGGUCCCGCGUGCGUGAACGGGUUCCCGAAGCGCGCGCUGUGCCGCUUUGUGGAUGACUUGGCGGUGUCCCCGCUGGUGGAGGUUGACGGCGCGACGGGCAGCGCCGUCACCAUCGGGGUGUUCCAGAAACGCAUCAAGUUUCACCGUGACCUGCCAGCGACAAAGCAAUACGUGUUCGGUGUGGACCGGGAGAGCGCCAGCUACCCCGGCCCUCUCGUUGUGGCACAGAGACACACGCCCACCACGCGUGUCCCCCCACUCAUCCGUCUUCCCCCUUCUGCCCCCCACUCCCCUGCUUCCGUCCCUCCCCCAUGCCGCCAUGCACACAUGGCGAUACCGCACGUGGCGGCGGCUGGCUGGCAGGUGAAGUGGGAGAACCAUGUGAGCGACCAGCAGCACAUGCUUGGGGUGGACUACUCGCUCUCACACGUCGCCCGCCCCGCCCAAGGCGGCAUCCCCAUCUGUGCAAAACCGCUGCCCCACCGCCUGUCAUGCCAUCUCUCUCGUCUCCGCCUUCCUCUCCCUCCUCUCCCCCCUCCUCUCCCCCCUCCUCUCCCCCCUCCUCUCCCCCUUCCUCUCCCCCCUCCUCUCCCCCUUCCUCUCCCCCCUCCUCUCCCCCCUCCUCUCCCCCCUCCUCUCCCCCCUCCUCUCCCCCCUCCUCUCGCCCCUCCUCUCGCCCCUCCUCUCCCCCCUCCUCUCCCCCCUCCUCUCCCCCUCCUCUCGCCCCUCCUCUCGCCCCUCCUCUCCCCCUCCUCCUCUCCCCCCUCCUCUCCCCCCUCCUCUCCCCCCUCCUCUCCCCCCUCCUCUCCCCCCUCCUCUCCCCCCUCCUCUUCCCCCUCCUCUCCCCCCUCCUCUCCCCCCUCCUCUCCCCCCUCCUCUCCCCCCUCCUCUCGCCCCUCCUCUCCCCCCUCCUCUCCCCCCUCCUCUUCCCCCUCCUCUUCCCCCUCCUCUCCCCCCUCCUCUCCCCCCUCCUCUCCCCCCUCCUCUCCCCCCUCCUCUCCCCCCUCCUCUCCCCCCUCCUCUCCCCCCUCCUCUCCCCCCUCCUCUCCCCCCUCCUCUCCCACCUCCUCUCCCCCCUCCUCUCCCCCCUCCUCUCCCCCCUCCUCUCCCCCCUCCUCUCCCCCCUCCUCUCCCCCCUCCUCUCCCCCCUCCUCUCCCCUCUCCUCUUCCCAUCUCCACCGCAAUCCUCUCCUUCAUCGAUUUUCCUGCCUGGUCUUCUCCCUGCACUCGUUAGCUCCUUGCACGGAGGCUCCCUCCCAUGCGCGCGGCUCUCCUUGCUUGCCAUUCUUACCCAUGCAUGCGCGCACUGCCUCUCGCGCGCACGGUGCCAUCUCAUGCUUCCAUUCCCACAUGCGCUCGUACGCAACUCCCUGCGGUUCCCCCCACCUGCACGGCUCAGAGUCCCCAAGCCAUUCAGACGGCCACCCGCACGCGUGGUUCUCGCAGCACGGCGACACCGGCUCUGCCUUCUCCUCCGCCACCACCACCUACCCCAACGCCCAACCACCGACUCUCCUCUGGUUCCACGACCACGCCAUGGGAUACACUCGUCUCAACACCGCUGCUGGCAUGGCCGGGCUGUACCUUAUCAGAGACCCGACAGGGGUGGAGCAGGCGAUGAGUGGGUGGUUGCCGCAGGGGGAUUUUGAUGUGCCGCUUGUGCUGGCGGAUCGGCGGUUUCGGAAGGACGGGAGUGUGGUGUAUGGCGGAGGGGGGGGUGGAGGGAUGGGCAUGGGCAUGCAGAUGGAGAGCUUCGGCAAUGUGAACGUGGUCAAUGGGAAGGUGUGGCCGUACAUGGCAGUGAAGCCCCGCCGGUACCGUCUGCGCCUGCUGGUGGCGGCCAACUCGCGCGUGUACCGCCUGCACUUCCAGUGCGCCGCCCAGAAGGACUACCCGCACCUCGUGCCGCCCCUGGACGGCCCCACUCUCUCCGUGCUGCAGGUGCGCGUGUGCUCUCUAUGCAUUGACAUGAGGCCAGGGGUUAUGGGGCUUGACUUGACUUCACUGUGCUUCGCACCCAUCCAGUCCUUUGAAGUGCAUUUUGAGGGCCUGAGCCCGUCUGCUCUGCAUUGUUUGUCUCAUUCGAGUUGCCUCUUUUUCCUACCCCUCCUCCUCAACCCUUUAACGUAA